AUGGAAGAAAGUCCAAGUUCAGGUUUAUCAGGAACUUUUUAGUAUAGUAAAUGACAAUAAAACUUUUUGAAAAUUUAUCAUUAUAAUAAUCAUUACCUGUAUCAUUACGUUAUAAUCAAAAUAAAAUAAAAAUCUUUUCCAGCAAUCUCCCUCAGCUCCCUCCCCCUCCCCCCAAAAAAAGCACUUCUUUUGGAUUUAUUACAAAAUCGCCUAAUGCAAAAAAAAUAAAUAUUUAAGAAAAUAUCGGUCACAUCAAAACAUUGAAAGUUAUAGAAAAUCUAAAAAUACAGAUAUAAUCCAAAGAAGUUACAGAAUCCAGUGAUGAUAUCAAUUCUACUGUUCUAUUGGACGCUCCGUUGACGAUCAAUUCAAACAGUUCUGGAACUUUUGAACACACCGCGUACAAAUAUAAAUUAUUUAUUUACAUAACAUAUUUAGCUAAACGUUUAUCAUCGAGGUUUUUCGAAAUAUAUUAGAUAGUAGAUGAUCUACUUACACCAAUAGAAGAACUUGGCAAUCUUAUUAAAGUGAUUGACAAUACAAUUACGGAAACUGACUACAUAACACUAGACGAUUGCGUGGAGACUUACGACGCCGAUAUCGAAAAUUCAUCUGAUACUACGAGCAUAUCUACACAAAAUGAAGAAGAAAGUGAUGAAGAAAAUGAUGGGUCCGAAGAUCAAGAAAUUCCAAAAAUAAGAAGUCUAUGA